GGCCCGGGUUCGCCAGACUGCAGUGCGCGGCUGGAGCUCCACAGGGCGAAGGGUGGAGUUGUUAGGCAUGCUUCUACUCAUCCAUUCCGGUGUAUCUCACGUAGAAUAACCGAACAUCACCGCCUCAGAUGCCGGGAAUAGACAUUUUUACCAAGGAUGGACAUGGCGACGCGGUGAUGAACGAGGUCCUCGAACGCACCACCCAGACAGACGAUGCCGCCUUAAUUUCUCCAGCUGAUUUUGCACUCAUUUGUGUUCACUAAUGGCUGCGUUGUAGUCAAAUUGUUUGCCAAGUGAAGUUUGUGCACUGAAACAUGGCGGGGUGUGCUUCGGAGCCGCUCUGUCAGCCGUGCGUCUAUCACGAGGAGGCGUUUAAAGUGGAGCUACAGGUGAAGAGACCCCUGGUGCCGCUCCACCUGACCCCAGAACAGGUGGCUCUGGAGAUGCUGUGUCUCUGCGGGCAGCUGGACCUCCUCAUCAGGGCGCAGAUGCAGGAGGAGCAGAUAGGGCAAGGCUGUAACCCUGAGGAGUCAGACACGUUCCAGGCUGGAGGAUCGAACAUUCUGGACCAGAUGCUGCAGUGCCUUGAACAUCUGCCUAAGCCAAUGCCACAGCUGGAGGACUACUUGGACAUGGUGGGUCUGUCGGCCAUGUUUCCACGUGUGGAGGUGUUUCUCAUUCAAGGCAGCCCUGUGGACAUGCUGGAGAGGCCGCCGAUGGACGACUACUGGUCGCACAUCGGCAAACUGAAUCAGAUCUUGGUGCUGAGUCAGCAGCUGGAGGAGGACAUCCGCCACCUGGGAAGUCAUAAGUACAUCGCCCACCAGCUCUCUGUUCUAUACCAAGUAGUCAGCUCCUUCCGAGGAGUCCAGCUUUUCACGGAGACCAAGAAGGACAUAGAAGCCAACUUCAAGCACAUGAAGCAGUCUCUGGUGGUGGAGGACGGUUCCAGGCAUGAGCCUCAGCUGGCUGCUCAUUACAUCGACUGGAUACUGGAAGUCACUCACGGUUUGACGUCGGCGGUGUUGUCGUUACCGGACGAGCUGGCGGACGACAUUCACCAGGCCGUGGCCUUCAUGUCCCAGUUUGCGUCUUGAUGUUGUGGACCACCUACAAAGGGACUGAGUUUUUAAUAAUUAAUGACACGGUGCUACGCCAUUGGACAGCGGGUUGAAAGACGCCAUGUAAUUGACAACUUUACUAUAUAAUGCUUUGACCUCAGUUAUGGAUGCUUUUUAUACCUCUAGUGUCACAAUACAUUUGAAUGCAAUAGAUGACGUGUGUCUGUUUUUAGUACUUAUUUGAAACUUCAACGCAGGAAAUGACAUAUACCGUAUUUUUCGGACUAUAAGUCGCAGUUUUUUUCAUAGUUUGGCCGGGGGUGCGACUUAUACUCAGGAGCGACUUAUGUGUGAAAUUAUUAACACGGGAAAACUUCCACUUUAUCAACACGCAGAUUCUCAUUUUGCAUGUCCCCCCCCCCAAACAAAUCAAGAAAAAUCAUGCAUUUUAUAACCUCGAUAAAAUAAAAAGUAAAAAUAUUUACAUUUCUACCGAAGAAAAAUCAUGCAUUUUAUAACCUCAAUAAAAUAAAAUAAAAAGUACAAAUAUUUACAUUUCUACCAAAGAAAAGUCAUGCAUUUGAUAACCUUGAUUUAUAAAGAAAAAAAUAUAUAUAUACACUACCGUUCAAAAGUUUGGGGUCACAUUAUUUUUGAAGGAAAAGCGCUGCUUUAAACUAGUCUUAACUUGAAAGAAAUACACUCUAUACAUUGCUAAUGUGGUAAAUGACUAUUCUAGCUGCAAAUGUCUGGUUUUUGGUGCAAUAUCUACAUAGGUGUAUAGAGGCCCAUUUCCAGCAACUAUCACUCCAGUGUUCUAAUGGUACAAUGUGUUUGCUCAUUGGCUCAGAAGGCUAAUUGAUGAUUAGAAAACCCUUGUGCAAUCAUGUUCACACAUCUGAAAACAGUUUAGCUCGUUACAGAAGCUACAAAACUGACCUUCCUUUGAGCAGAUUGAGUUUCUGGAGCAUCACAUUUGUGGGGUCAAUUAAACACUCAAAAUGGCCAGAAAAAGAGAACUUUCAUCUGAAACUCGACAGUCUAUUCUUGUUCUUAGAAAUGAAGGCUAUUCCACAAAAUUGUUUGGGUGACCCCAAACUUUUGAACGGUAGUGUAUAUAUAUUUAAUAUGACUACUACCGUAUUUUUCGGACUAUAAGUCGCAGUUUUUUGCAUAGUUUGGCCGGGGGUGCGACUUAUACUCAGGAGCGACUUAUGUGUGAAAUUAUUAACACAUUAGCGUAAAAUAUCAAAUAAUAUUAUUUAUCUCAUUCACGUAAGAGACUAGACGUAUAAGAUUUCAUGGGAU